CCUUCAUCCUUCAGGUACCAGGCGUCUGGGUACUGCUUGAGCGGCAGAAACUGGCACCACCCCAGAGAGACCCCAGCCCUGAGCGUCCCCAGGGUCUUUCUUACUUAGAAGUUUCUAGAGCUUUGUCAAUCUCUCAGCUGCAAGUCCCUGCAAGGUGGGGCACCCUUGCCUCAGGGACCAAAGGUUUUGGUGCAACCACUGACCAGAUCCGGAAGGCAGCUGUCGUGGGGAGCCUCAGGUUUUGCUCCAGGAUGAAGGGGGAGACCCCGGUGAACAGUACCAUGAGUAUCGGCCAAGCCCGCAAGAUGGUGGAGCAGCUGAAGAUUGAAGCCAGCUUGUGUCGGAUAAAGGUGUCCAAGGCUGCAGCCGACCUGAUGACUUACUGUGAUGCUCACGCCUGCGAGGACCCCCUCAUCACCCCUGUGCCCACCUCGGAGAAUCCCUUCCGGGAGAAGAAAUUCUUCUGUGCCCUGCUCUGAGCUUGUCCUGGCAACUUCCCUCCGGGGGGGGGGGGCUCCCUUAGGUCAGUAACUGCCUCCAGUCCCCAGCCCCUUGCCCACCCCUGGGAGAUAGAUGGUCGCAAGCACAAGCCCCCAGCCUGGAUCCCUAGCCGGGCCUCGAACUCGGGGCGCUGCCUUUGGCCUCCCUCAUGGAAGAGUCAUCGGAUUCUGCCAGCGUCCCUCCCACAUCCCUCCAUGACCCGCUCUGACCCGGGGGGAGAGGGAUGAAUGGGCUGGGCCAGGCCGGGCUGGGGUUGCCAACAGGCCAGGCCAGGCUAAGCCAAGCCAUUUGAAUAAAGUCAUCCAUCAGUCUCUGAGGUUCA